GCCUGCUUUAUUUGUUGUCUGUAAGUUUUUGUGGAUUUGGAGCAAGCUAGACCUAUGUGGAAUGCAUGUAGGUAGAGUCUCUUAAUUUCUAAAGCUGAGGUGAACAGAGGGUGCUUGCUCUUUCCUUUAGGAAAUUUUAGUGGCUUUAUAGUAAUAUCUGUUGUGUAUUCAUUUAAUUAAUGUGACUGACUUGCACUUUCUUGUACUUUUCAAAUGGGAUGUUGUUUUGUUCUACCUGUUCUUCCAGCAUCAUUCUGAAAUGUCACAAAUGUAUUAAAAAAAUCUCUUCUGGAAAAUGUCAGCAAGGCCUCGAGUUGGUAAGUCCAGGUGAGUUUUUUAUACUGUUCAGUGUGAGUUGUUUAAAGUACUCUGUAAUUAUGUGUUUCCAGGCUAAAUGCAGAACCUGAUGGAUGGCAAAAGCUACUGUAACCUCAUCUGUGCUGAGGCUCAGCACAUCCAGCUGGCAAGGCCUUUCUGUGCAGACCCACUGGUCACAUUUCAUGUGUACCCAGAAGCACCAAACCAGGUCCCUUUGGCCGAAGAUCUGGCAUUCCUGCCUUUCAUGCCAGAGCAUCUCAUCACAGAGACCUUCUACAGCGAGCCCUGCCCCUUUCCCUACCAAGUGCCCCAUUCCAGUCUCCACAAAAGUGAGUACUCCUGUGGCUCAGCUUUCAUCAGGAAGAGGAAUGAGAGGGAAAGGCAGCGUGUUAAGUGUGUCAAUGAAGGCUAUGCCAAGCUGAGGCACCACCUGCCCAAGGAGUACUUGGAGAAACGGCUCAGCAAAGUGGAGACCCUGCGUGCUGCCAUAAAAUACAUCAGGGACCUCCAGUCUGUGCUGUGCACUGACUCUGGGGUGGCAGGAAAAGGUGUCACAGAGCCAAACCAAGCACCUAAAGGCACUAACAAACCAGCCCAGUUUUUGGAGACGAUCUGAAGUGUUCCAAAGCCGGCCCAAGGUAUCCUGUCUGGGAAUGUAGUAGCCACUGUGUCAAUGACGUGUGUGUUCUGGCACUUCUUGGGAGCAGAUCGUGGCACACGUCACUAGCAGCCCACACAAGAGCUUGAACGUUGCAGAUAGUUACUACACUUAGAUAUGAGAGGGACAACUGGGAAAAUCUCAGCUGAAUGACUUAAGUUAAUUCAUGAAAAUCAGAACGGGUUUCUAAAUUUGUCACCAAGCUAAAAAUGUGACACCUAUAUGUGUGAAGUAACUGUAUGUAUCAUCACAACCUGCAUGAUUUAAAAUAAAAUCUCUCUACUUGUGGGACUGAGA